UGCCUUCCAUGAACAGAAGUGGCUGAAUGACGUGUCCAACGGCUAUGUAUCAGUAGAUGUCCACAUAGUGUUUUUUUUUUCUCUCUCUCUCUAGGCUCGAUUUCCACGGCACCCAUCGUUCAAUUCUCUUCACGCGCCUCCAAUUUGCAGCUGUGCAACCCAACACAGCACGACUCAUCUCUAUCUUCAUUAUUGAUAGACAUAAAUGGGAGACAAGAGCAAGAGAUGAAUGAAGAUAUUAAAAAUCCCGACAUGGGUUUCGUAGGUCUCUGCUUAUCUCCACGGAUUUGGUGGGGAGAGAGAGACUCCUCUUUCUGGGCUCCGGGACUCUUAAUUUGCUGAGUUACUUAAAGGGGCGGUCGAGAGCUCUCAGUGCGAGUUCAAAGUUAUCUGUAGAAAUUGCCAUUUUCGAGUUAUUGGGGGUUCCAACUUCUAAGGAUAAUUUGGUUUUGUUUUCUAUAUUAACACUAUGAAGAUUCUUCGGAUCUUAGUAGCUUCGGUGGUGGCUGGAGCAACUUUGGUGUUUCUUGCCCUCAGCAGCACCUCCACCUUCCCUGAUGUGAUAUUUGCCAGCCACCAGGAUAUAGGAAUUGUGACUCCAAGCCGGAAGCUGAAGGAUAAUUACCAUAAUAUGCACCCUGAAAAUAUGAAAAGAAAUGUGGGAAACGUGAACCUGGAGGAUUACCGACCCCUCGAUCCAGCUCCGAGUUCAAGGUCUACCAUAAAAGCCGGACCAAUUGAGCAUGGCACUCCUCUAAAUCCUUACAUUCCCAAGCCAGGGCCUCCGAGUAACCCUGGGUUUACCGAAUCUCCUUAGUUCCUAAAUCUGCAAGUUCUAGCUGUAGUAUCUAUGCUACACUAAAUAAUGCAACAACUUGAUCUCAUAGAUGAAGUUUGUUUUCUUGUAACAAAGUUUAUACAGCUAGUGUUUGUAUUUAAGUUCAUCCCUACGCAAAGUUUCCUGUAACAUGUUCAUCUUGUCUUGAUAAUUUAGUGCCUUUUGGUUGCCA